AUGAAAAUACUGUUCCUCCUCUCAAUCCUCGGCCUGGUGGUUGUAGGCCAAGCCAAAGUAUUCGAUCGCCAGGUGUUGUCGUAUGCGCCUAUUCCGGAAGGAACCUAUGUGCCGCCGAAGAAGUCAGGUGAAGUCACGCUUUUCGACUUCAUCAGAUCCAGAGACGACCUUUCUGAGCUCGCUAAAGUGGUCUCUGAAGCCCCUGGAUUCGCACAAGCAUUCGACACAAGUGUCAAUUGGCAGUAUACUUUCUUCGCGCCCUCCAACACAGCGUUCAACAACACGGGCCAGUACUACAAUGAGUUUGCUGGUACACCCAAAGGCCAGUGGUGGGUAGGCCAGAUGCUCCAACAUCACUACAUCCCCAACUCAAUCCUCUACGCCGCCAACUUCACAGAGGAAAAGACGCGCAUACAAUCCGGCUCGUAUCUAUUUAUCGGAGCUCAGCUUGUGGACGGAAGCCUCGUGUUGAACAAUGCUGCCACCGUGGUAGACAAAGACCGACCUGUUACCAAUGGCAUCGUGCAUGUGAUUGAUCGCAUUCUAGCCGGGGAUUCCAUGAUAUACGAGGGGGAUAUCAAGAAAACCACCCAAGGCUUUAUUCCAGGUUCAUGCUCGGAUCCUAACCUGCCAUAUUGCUGA